AUGGGCACCAAGCUACUGCAGUGGGGUGGUGCGCUGUUCCUGCUGCGUCUCGAGCUUGGGCAGCUGCAGAUCCAGCGUGUAGACGUCGACGCCGAGGAGAAGAAGGUCUCGCUGAUUCGCUGCACUGUUCAGAGCGACUCGGAUGCCGCUGCGCUGCUCGUGGACGCGCGUCUUGUGGCCGCCAAAGAGGUGGAAGACACGACGUCAGUCAUACGCUACCCGGUACUUGUCUUCCGGCUUCUUCAUGGGGAUAAGGAGGUGUCGGCGCCUUCGAGUUCGCCAGUGCCUCGUAAGCGUCGAAGAUCUGCGAAAGACAACGAAACCAGUGAUGCGGAUGGCGAAACUGUGCCUUCUCAGUCGAGAGCUGGAACUCGGUUGCUCUUUUGUUUGCUGCACGAGACGGAGACUGCCAGCGAGAUGGGAUUGCGUGUCUUGAACGAGUUGGAAUUCCCGACGUUGACUGGAAAAAGUGGCGGUGAACUCGCAACUGUCGACUGUGGUGCAUUACUGCAAGUUUUCUUGGCGGAUGGACCUUACCUUUUGCUUUUUGAACGUGGAUCGCGAAUGGCGACGGUGUUGAAGCUGAGAAGAGCGACAUCGGGAGGUGGGGACGUUGGGUUUUGCAUCUGGCGAGAACAAGUUGACGUGAUGAAUGGCAUCGGGGGCGAUGCGUUGGCACCAAGUGAAGUUGUGUCAUGCGCGUGGUGCAUGUGUGAAGAAAGCUCGGACAAACGGUAUGUCCUCGGCAUUCGCUGUAAUGACGUGAACAGAUCAUUCUUUAUGUUGGAAUUUUCAAGCAGCCUGGAUAACGCUACGUUUGAACUCCUCUUGUCAUUUAAUCACGUGGGUCACGCAUAUGUUGGAGAUUUUAUCCGUGUGCACGCUUCGACUAACUCGCAGGAUCAAGUACUCCUCCUGAACGAAGUAUCUGGCAUUUCUGGGUCAAAUAGUGGCGAUAUUGCGAGCGAUGGAGGGCUCGAUAUGGGCACCGAAGAUGAACAACUUGUGAAGCGCAGUGUCCUUAUCACGCAAAAAGUUGCAACACCGGAAGUGAAGCUUGCUUGUCAUCGACUGCGGCUGCGAGAAGGAAAGAAAUCCAAGCACGAAUCACGCUCCAAAAAGCGUCCCCGCAACAAUAAGAAAGAGAGUUAUAAGGGGGGCCAUGCAGGUUCGAAGCCACAACCAUUCCUCUACAUUGAGCGAACCCAAAAGGCCUCAUCUCGCGACAGGGGCGCUAUUCGCGCCGAAGACAGAACUGAUGGCGUUGAAGGUGCCCCCACUGCUUCGCAUGCACAGCUUGGCAAGCUGACCGAUUCUCUCACAACACGUCUGGACAAUGGAAUGCAAGAGUUAGAGCGUUUACAGAUGAUCGUGAACGAUAAGCGCUGCCUUGCCCGCCAGCUUAAUCAGCUGAUGGUCCGAGAAUGGCGACAGCAGCAGCAAACGGCAUAUUCCAGCAAGGAGAAUUCGCUGCUGGCGACUCUCCUUACAACCCGUGAAAUGGAGAACUGCAUCGUGGAGCAGCAAAAGGUUGUAGACAUGGAAACGAUCGUCGCCGCCUCUACACAGAGGUCUGUUAUCACGAAAUCUGCAAAUGGUGGCUCAACCUCAUUGGGUAACCUCACGUUGGAGCACCAAGUGUCACUGGAAUAUUUUCGAGUGCUUCAGUACGUGCCAUCGUCUUCGCUUGUACGUGCGGAAGUCGUCUUAAACAAUCUAUCUGACACCGCGGUGGCAGAUAGUUUUGUCAUGCUGACAGCGCCGCAGGGGGGACAUACGUCGUCUACUCAAGGGUGGGUGUGCUCGUGCGCGGUGGUUCCAGAAUUUCCUUCUGCUGCGGCUGCCGAGCCAGGGAAAGCUCGGUUUCAGUUGGAAUUUCAGUUUAGUCCAAAUUUUGCGUUUCUUCGGACGCGAUCGCCAUUGGCGGCAACACUUUGGUUGCAUUGGGGCGCAUCUCACAAUGCCCCUCGUUGCGUCACAACCAGCAGCAAAGAGCAACAAAGUUUGUUCUGUAUCGCCGUUGCAUCAGUCAAGGUAUCUCGAGAGGAAUUGCUACGCGUGACGUCAACGACAAAACCUACGAGCUCGAAUCUAUGGCCGCAACAUGAGUACGAGCAAUUGCUGUUCAUCUCAGCGGGGUCAAGUAUCACGUCGUGGCUUGAAAAUCAAAGUCGCGGAGUAACCGCAGUCGUCACGCGUCCGAAGUUUGCGUUGGUGAACCUUAACGUGACCGACCACGAACUGAUGCUGUAUGAAAUGAGUCAAAUGGUCGCGAAUCUUCCGUCGGAUGUGUACGCCAUGCGCAAUCCAUUCCAGCGUCAGCAUCUCAGCGCUCUGCAGCGUAUAUUGCAUGGCAUUCGCCAGGACAUUGUUACUGAUGAGUCCAUUGGAGAGAAACAGAAGAAAGUUGGUGAGAACGGAGCUCGGAUCAAGACAUUGAAAGGUGACGGUCGUGGCCGAGCAUCAAUUCGCCGCGCGAGGCAGCAAUAUACCGAUUUGCAGGUGAACCAGUUGCUGCUUGUGCUCCAAAAACGCAUGAACUUCCACACGAUGUGGUUCGACUCGGAAGCCAAAGACUCGUUAGAAAACUAG